UGCAUGAGGCGGAUGAGUCAGCCGUCAGCACGCUGGACCCCCGCAGCUGUUAUUGGGGACAAUUACCAGCGCGUAAGACAGACGGAUGUUUUCACUCGUAAGAAAACCACCGCGCCGGUAGCUGCCGACUUCCUCGCGCGCCCAGUUAACCAUCUGCCCACGCCAGGACUCACAGGACACGUUUCCGCCUGUUUGUCGCCGCCGCCUUCCUGACUGCUGGCCGCAGACGCGCGCGGCAUGUUUGUCAAGUUUUGACUCAAGCGUCGCUUCCGUCUUCUCACCGCGCGAUAGCAAGGUGUGAUUUGUCUUCUUCUUCUUCUGGUCCUCCUCGGGGAAGCGCCUGGUUGAUCACUCCGUGGCCACGCGCAGUAAUGCUCGCAGAGGGGCUGGAGGCUGGCGGACACCGGCACUGAGCGGCGGGGACAGCUCGCAGACACCGUGCGCGUCUUUUCGUGGACACAUCUCGGAGACAACUGAGGGUUCGGCUUCCUCCGCCCGCGCAACUCUUUCCCGACGUUGCGAUGUCCGCGAGAAAGACGUCGUUGACGGACAAGCAGGCAAAAAACGGCACGUCCAAAUACGUGUUGGAGAGAUGCGCUUCUGUUAACGAGUAUUACGACAUUGCGUUCAAGGUGAUGCUGCUGGGAGACUCGUCCGUGGGGAAGACGUGCGUCUUGGUGCGUUUUAAAGAUGGGGCAUUUCUGGGAGGCAACUUUAUAGCCACCGUUGGAAUAGACUUUAGGAAUAAAGUGGUGGAUAUCGACAACCUGAAAGUCAAACUCCAGAUCUGGGAUACAGCCGGCCAAGAGAGAUUCCGCAGUGUAACACACGCCUACUACAGAGAUGCCCAGGCAUUACUCCUGCUUUAUGAUAUCACCAGCAAGAUGUCUUUUGACAAUACCAGGGCUUGGCUGACUGAAAUACACGAGUAUGCCCAGACGGAUGUGGUCAUCAUGUUGCUCGGCAACAAGGCAGACAUGACUGCAGAGAGGGUGGUGAAGACGGAGGAUGGAGAGAAGCUGGCGAAGGAAUAUGGUGUGCCAUUUAUGGAGACCAGUGCGAAGACAGGAGUCAAUGUGGAGCUGGCCUUUCUCGCUAUAGCAAAGGAGCUGAGGCACAGAGCGACAGAGCAGCAGAAUGAGCCCAAGUUCCAGAUACACGACUACAUUGAGUCUAAGAAGCACAAGUCUGGCUGCUGUGGCAACAUGUAGCUGAUCCUGAUCACCAGGCAGUGAGAGAGACACACAGAGAGAGAGAAAGAGAGCGAGGGAGGUAAAAAAAAAGAGAGUCUGCUCUCUUAUGAAAAGCUAAUCCCAGCACCAAAUCUGAGGAGCAGACGAGCUCGUCUUCACCGCUGAGCUUUUAGAUGAAUGGAAAGUGAAUCUGGAUUGGGCGCCAUCCCUUAUCUGAAAUGUGAAAUUAAAUGUCAUGCGUAGAAAUGUCUGUGGUCUUUGUGGUGACAGUGUUAUCAAACUACAAGUCAGGAGUUGCAAAUCUGAAAUGCAAUAUCCAUUUGCAGGGACAAACCGAAAACGUGCUCAUCAUUUUAUUCUGCAUGGUUGCAGAAUAAAAUUAUUGGUUUUGAAUGAAAAACAUGGUGCCCUUGUGAUUUGUGUUAAUCCAAGUGUAUUAUUUGGGGGAAGGAGGUGUCUGCAGGGUCAGACGCAUUGCCCUAAAGGUUAAAACUACACCCUCAAAUUCUUAUUGAAAGUAUCUAAAUAUGACAAAUAACAGCACAGUUUUCGGCGGGCCCAUCUGUUGUGCUUACCGCCACUGAAACUGAUCUGGUUCGUGCCAGCAGGUCUUGUAGGGGCCAACAUUUGUAAUAAAUACGUGUUAGGCUAACUAUAUUUGUAUGAGUUAACCGUAAGUAUUUUGACAGUAUUCAACUUGCCUCAGAGAGUCAUGCAGUAUUAUGUUUGCUCGUGCCUUAGCUAAUUACAGUAACUUGCUAACACGUCGCUAACAUUAGCUUGCUAACACGUCACUAACAUCAGCUCACAUCGCUAACAUUAGCUCGAUAACAGCAAACUUGUCCCAUUGCGUCAUCCUCUUAGUUAUCGACCGCACUCCCGGUAGACACCGGCUGCUCAAGUAAACCUUUCACGGGCUGAAAUUAUCAGCUACUUGCAUUUAGUUAGCUCUUCAGCCAUUGGUUGCAUAUUGUGAUUGUUUUCAGUGGUCUUCACUUUAUGACGCGUUGCGGUCUAUUUCGUGACGGUUGGGACGGCGUCAGAAAUCAGAAAAAUUACGCGUAUUAACAUCCAACAUGGCCCCCAACAAAAAUAUGUUCCAAUAGAAUUAAACUUUCAAAUACACAAAAAAACGCAUCAAAACUACUUUGAUUGGGUUUGUUAACAUACAUCAUGGUUGGCUCAAAAUGACUGUGACAUUGAACCAAAAUACGACAAAAGUAAACGUAAUUUGCGACCAUUUGCGACAAAAUAGAUUUCCCUGGAAAACAUAUUUCCCAACGUUUCAAUGUUUGGGGGAGUGGGGGGUAGAUUUUAGGAGGCAGGGCUGUGACAUGUUAUGCCAACGAGAGUCUUUGUGAUUAUGUGAACAGCACAUGACAAAUGUGUUAGUGUGUAGUUCCGCUUGACUUCAUGUUUGUAAUGAAACUGUUUUUGGUUGUGGUUCAACAGAGCGUCAGUAACCUGGUUGUGUCCAAAGUGAGCUCACCUUUGACCUUUGUUCAAUCCAGCGGCAGCAGCGAAACACUGAAGGCCAAGUCCGUAGUUAUUCUCAGAACUGUCACCUUUUCCAUCCCGCAGUUUUAUAUAAUCAAUCAAUAGAACUGUUGGUGUGCAGCUCUUAGUUUGUUUCCAUCCCUGUUGUGCCAGACUGUGACCUGAAUCCCUUUCGGCCUUACAGUCUUCAUCAUUAUUCUUCGCUAACUCACCGUGUUUGAGAAGUGGACUUCAGUCUCACGGUCAGAUUGUAGCUAAAUGAUCCCGUCUGUUCACAUCUGUACUGCUGUUAGAUAGAAUAAAGACAACUUUUUGAGGGCGCUCGCCCACUG